CACUGAUGAACAAGCUGAAGCUCAACCCACAACGCCUUCGAGUUCACGUCCAGAUGCACUCAUAAGCUGGUUGUCCCCAGUCUUCCGCUCUCGAACCUACACCAAUGAGGAACUCAGUCUCACGCAACGCCCAGGCCGUCCUCCUGUUGUCGAAGUGGCUGCAGUGCGGGACAAGCAGGCUUUGGUUGUUGCUCGGGGGCCACAAUUCAAGAAGGCAAAACGAGCGUAUGAACAACAAACUCAAUCGCACAGCCAAGCCAAAGCAUCGUCGUCGCACACUCAACCUGCCAGUGCUUUGACAUCCGCGACACUUCCCGCUCUGGGUACAGCAGCCGCACAACCACUACCCAUCACAUGGCGGGCUCAAAUCGUGCUGUUUCU